AUCGUUUAUUUUUGGAUCAAGUUUUUGGGAUGAGGAUGUUCACUUUGGAAACCAUUUUGGAGUCAGGAUGGUGAAGAAGUGGAUGCAGUCAGUAACCAGGAGUGGUAUAUCUAAAGGGCAAAAGGAGCGUGCAUUGUGGCUCGCGAAAUCAUCUACCCAUGAAGUGGACAGCUUUGAUUUUUCAAAACAGGGCAACGCCUCCAUCAUGGAGGUGCUAGCGAAUGCUGCUGUAGCAGAGAUCUGUAAAAUCGUGGACGACGACUAUGCAGUGGUUCGUUUGGAAAUAACUCAAAGCCAUAAAGAAAACAGGGGAUUGCGGAGGAAACUACAGCUACUGGAACUGAAGAUGGCACGGGAGCGCGCAGAGAAGACAGCGCGGGAGCGCGUCCUCGCCAGUCGUCCCAGUAGUGUGAAACUCCUCGACCGAUAUAGAGGAUUGGCAAGAGGCGAAGGACAUCUCACUCGAGGCCACAGGAGCUUUGCGAAGCCAGCAGGACAUACCACGUUUAGAGAUGACCAACCAAUCACUGUUGAUGAGGGGAGUGGAACCUCAACCCAGCAUGUUAUUGUGAUAGAGUCUGCAGAGGCUGCAGUCACUGGGGUCAAGCUGGAGAGAUCUGAAGGAGAGGAGGACCCACGGCACAGCAGAGACAUUCAGACUGGAGCGUCCCAUGUAGCCACGGAGGACCUCACCGCCACCGCGCCAAGGACCCGACGCAGCAUCACAGAGGAGGAGGAGGGUCCAGAGGUGCUGCUGGUGAAGGAGGAGGGGUGUGAGGAGGGUCUGGGGAACCCUGAGGGGAACAUGGUCAUGGAGGACAACCAGACUACACCUCCUCCUGAACCCACAGAUGAACCAGCUGAGCAGCACAGGACCACACACAGUCUCACUGAGUCAGUAGACAUGGAGGAUGGGAAGCCUGAUCUGCUGCUGGUCAAAGAGGAGACAAUAGAAGAUGAACCAGAGAGCAUUGACCUGCUGAGUGGACUAAAGAUGGGGGAGCAAGGUGGUUGGCUGGAGGCUAACAGAGGAGACUGGGCGGACAUCUUGGAUUCCCAGGACGGUGCAGCCAAGGACCCAGGGGACAACAUCACUGAGCAGGCCAGGACUAGAGAUGACAUAGUGGAGGUCAGUGGAUGGGACAGUGUCCUCAACUCUGGGCUGGGGAACAACACUGUUAAUAACAACCAAAAACAGACAGUGGAACACAAAACAACAACUGAACUGAGACCAGGACUGGCUGAGACCAGGGCGAGGCAUACAAUUGGUCUGCGGGGACUGGGAGGUGUCCGUAUGCGGCUGAAGAGAACAGACGCAGACUCGGCUAGCGAUGCUCUGUCCUGCUCCUAUAGUGGUGAUUCAGAGAGACUGAUGGCGCCUCAGGUUAACCCCCUAACAGAUGCUGCCUUUAGCCUGCCUUCUAUAGGAUCUAUCAAUUGGAACAUGGACCCUGCAACGACACAGACACUUCCUGGCCUUCAUCCUCCUCACACUCUCCUAAUGUUAAGCCAGACCUCAGAACAUACCCGUGCCUCAACACUAAAUGGCAACACAAGCCCAUUGACACAUGACCGUAGUAGAGACGGAAUCAGUAAAGGUGGCAGCUCCAAAGAGAAGUGCUUUCCAUGUUCGUUCUGUGGGAUAUCCUUCAGUUUCCCCAAACAGGUGGAGAUCCACCAGAGGAUACACACGGGGGAGAAAGCGUUCAGCUGCCAUCUCUGCCCUGCCAGUUUCUCCAGAUCGUCCAACCUGAAGAGGCAUCAGAGGAGGGUCCACACAGGGGUGAAACCCUUCAGCUGUACCCAAUGUGAUAUGUGCUUCGCCCAGGCUGGCAACCUGAAGAGGCACCAGAGGGUCCACACAGGGGAGAAACCCUACAGCUGCCCCCAGUGUGAGAAAAGGUUCUCCCGCCAGCACCAGCUGAAGAUGCACCUGAAGGUCCACACGGGAGAGAGGCUGUUUGCCUGUACUCAGUGUGGGAAGAGGUUCUCAGAGAGGAGCUACCUCAAGAUACACCAACAGAAAAAACAUUCCACUCCAUAAAAUAGAAAGUAACUAUUCCACUCAAUAGCUUUUGAUGUUUAGAUCAAGCCCUGCAGUAAAGACAGAUUAAUUGUCAUUGUUGUCAGCAUAAAAGAGCCACAGAUGCAUUUGGAAUAACGAGAGUAACAGAUUUGACUUUAGAAUAUUCCUGGGUAGAAUAUUGCAUCCAGACAUUGUGUGAUAUAAGGCAUAUAUACUGAACAAAAAUAUAAACGCAACAUGGAAAGUGUUGGUCCCAUGUUUCAUGAGCUGAAAUAAAAGAAAAGUUCCAUACGCGCACAAAUCUAGUUAGUUUAUUUAGUUAGUGAACGUUCCUCCUUGGCCAAGAUAAUCCAUCCACUUGGCAGGUAUGGCAAAUGGUUAGAGCGUUGGGCCAGUAACCGAAAGGCUGCUGAAUCGAAUCCCUGAGCUGACAAGGUAAAACAGUUGUCGUUCUGCUCCUGAACAAGGCAGUUAACCCACUGUUUCCCGGUAGGCCGUCACUACUGUAAAUAAGAUGUUUUUUCUUAAAUGACUUUCCUAAUUAAAUAAAGGUAAAAUAAAAUCAAGAAGCUGAUUUUAAACGGCAUGAUCAUUACAAAUGUGCACCUUGUGCAUUGGCAUGCUGACUGCAGGAAUGUCCAACAGGGAAUUGAAUGUUCAUUUCUCUACCAUAAGCUGGCUCGAAUGUCGUUUUAGAGAAUUUGGCAGUACAACUGGCCUCAGGGUAGCGGCAGGGUAGCCUAGUGGUUAGAGCGUUGGACUAGUAACCGGAAGGUUGCAUGUUCAAAUCCCUGUGCUGACAAGGUACAAAUCUGUCGUUCUGCCCCUGAACAGGCAGUUAACCCACUGUUCCUAGGCCGUCAUUGAAAAUAAGAAUUUGUUCUUAACUGAAUUGCCUAGUAAAAUAAAAACAACCACAGACCAUGUGUAACCAUGCCAGCCCAGGACCUCCACAUCCGGCUAAUUAAUCUGCGAGAUCGUCUGACACCAGGUAUCCGGAAAGCUGAUGAAACUGAGUAUUUCUGUCUGUAAUAAAGCCCUUUUGUUGGGUAAAAGUCAGUCUGUCUGGGCCUGGCUCCCCUGGCACCCCACUCAUUUGAAAUCCAUAGAUUAGGGCAUAAUGCAUUUAUUUCAAUAGGCUGAUUUCCUUAUGUUAACUGUAACUCAGUGAAAUCGUUGAAAUAGUUUCAUGGUGCUUUUUUAUUUUUUUGUUCAAUUUAUAAGCAUAAAAUGUCUGUUCAACAUUGUACUGUGUAGCCUAUAAGAUGUUCACAAUGCCCGUUUCAUUACUUCCAUUCAACAACUUAAUUUUUUUGCUUCAUUUUUUCCCCCCAAUACACUUUUUAAUGAGAAAAUAUAUGUAAUUUAUCAAGUUCGUGCAGAUUUUUUGUUGAGCUGUGUAUGUGUGAUUUUCAUAUGGAUGGUUAAUAAACACAAAAUGGGACUUUUCA